GACCGCACAGUGCCGGGGGGGCUACGAAGCUAUAGCUAGCUAGCUAAACUUAUAUCCACAUCCAGAUAGUUUUGCAGUUUUAUGAAACAUUUCCAUGAGGCCUUGGGUGUUAUUAACCUAUACAGCUUUAGGACAACACCCUACAGCUCUAGCUCAGAAGAAGAAAGGAUGCAUUGGCUGUAGAUUCUGCAUUGCACUUUGAGGCAUUGGUGGUCCUCUUGUGAGCAGAGCACAGGAUGCCUUACCACUGUGUGGCUUAUGGAUGCGGCAAAACUGCAGAAGAUGGUGUGACGCUGUUUAAAUUCCCAAAGGACAUUGAGGCGUUUCGCAAAUGGGAGAAGCAGGUCCAGCGCACCCGCAGCCAGUGGGUCGCCUCACCCAACUCUCACCUCUGCUGCCAGCAUUUUGGCAGGGAGUACUUUGAGCCAGGGACUCUAAAGCUAAAGCCGGGUGCUGCUCCUACAGUGUUUGUCCGUCCUCACUGUUCCUCAUGUGAUGGAGUGGGCUGUAGAAACUGCCUGCCUGCUAUCCAACGCCGGAGCAUUACAGCUGAACCAAGAGACCCUACCACAAGAGCAGAAUGCAAUGAAAUGGCGCCAUUUGACUCGGAUAAUACUGAUGGAGAAUGUGACGACGACCAUCUGACAAGAGGAGAGAUGAAGCCGGGGGGGAAAAACAAAGAAGAACGACCAGUGGUGUGUGAGAUGUGUGGCACCACCGGCAAUAUUAGCACCUUCUUUUCAAAGACCAAGCGUUUCUGCAGUAUAUCUUGUUCACGGUCCUAUUCAUCGAACUCCAAGAAGACCUCCAUACUGGCACGACUGCAGGGAAGACCCCCCUCAAAAAAAGCCACAGUGCUGCACAAGGUGAAUAAAUCCCCGCCAGCCCCAACAGGACAGGAUGCAGCGGCUAAAGCUUUUUCAUGGGGCGCCUACUUGGAGAAGGAAACCUCUCUGGCUGCAUCAGUGUCCUGCUUCAGACAUGCUCCCCUGUGUGCCCAGUGGGAUGACAUCACCAUGGGGAUGAAGGUGGAGGUCCUGAACACAAACGCUGUCCUGCCCAGUAAAGUCUACUGGAUCGCUACGGUCAUCCAGAUUGCAGGAUACAAAGCCCUGUUGAGAUACGAAGGCUUUGAAUACGACAGCAGCCACGAUUUCUGGUGCAGCCUCGUUUCGGGAGAGCUGAACCCGAUUGGAUGGUGCGCCAUGACGAGCAAGCUGCUGGUGCCACCACAAGAUGUGAAGCAGAACAUCCCGGACUGGAAAGAGUAUCUGAUGACAAAGCUGGUGGGGGCCAACACUCUACCUGUUGACUUCUACCUGAAGUUGGCCGAGAACAUGAGGACCUCCUUCAGAAUAGGGAUGCGCGUGGAGGUGGUGGACCCCAAAUACGUGAGUCGGACCCGCAUGGCCGUCAUAGACUCUAUUGUUGGUGGCCGCCUGCGGCUCGUGUACACCGACCAAAGCGACGCCCCCGAAAACACCAUCUCUGAUUUCUGGUGCCACAUGUGGAGUCCCCUGCUGCACCCGAUAGGCUGGUCCAGCACCGUGGGUCAUGCUAUUAAAACACCUGCAAGUGUGGACGCUGCUGCCAGUGGUUGGAAGGGGAACUGUGACAGUUUAUUCCUGCUCUUUAAAAAGCCCAGGUUUGUUUACAUGGAGGGAGCUUUCUUUGAGGAGGGAAUGAAGCUGGAGGCCAUUGACCCUCUGAACCUGGGAAGCAUCUGUGUGGCCACUAUACACAAGGUGCUGUUAGAUGGCUACCUGAUGGUGGGUAUAGAUGGCACCACAUCAAACAACGGAUCGGAUUGGUUUUGUUACCACGCCUCAUCUCAUGCCAUCCUUCCCGUAAAUUUCUGCAAAAAGAACUUCAUCCCUCUCACGGUACCUCUAGGUUAUGACUCUCAGACCUUCACCUGGGACAAAUAUCUGAAGGAUACCAACGCUAAAGCUGCACCGGGACAACUGUUCAACGCUGAUUACCCGGGUCACGGCUUCUCCCCCAACAUGAAGCUGGAGGCGGUGGACUUGAUGGAGCCGCGGCUGAUUUGCGUGGCCACCGUGAAGCGCUGCGUGGGCCGCCUGCUGCUCAUCCACUUUGACGGCUGGGAGGAUGAGUUUGACCAGUGGGUGGACCACCAGUCCCCAGACAUCUACCCGGUCGGCUGGUGCGACCUCAUGGGCUACCAGCUCCAGCCGCCUCCAGGACUCGUUGAUUUAAUGGAGAGCCAGGCGGCACAGAACAAGAAAGGAAGAAAGAGAAAGAAGAAUGCGAAGAAGAGGCUCUCUCAGGACCAAGCUAAAGAUGAUGCUGGUCAGCAGCCCGAGGCCACUGGCACUAACGGUCCUCCAGGGCUGGAAGGUCUCAGUCUUGCUCCAAAAGGGCCUCUCAUCCAGCCCAAAACUGAGCCUGAGGAGCACGAGAUCUUUGCUGUGCAGGUGAAAGUGGAGGAGGUGGAGAUGGAGACCCCCAUCGAGGCUCCAGACAACCCUCAACAAGUCCCUCUGGGUAUAAUCAAAAAGGAGGCGGGAGGGGAGCAGAGUAAGUCGGCACCGCAUCGGUCGCCAGAGCAGAGCAGCCUGGAAGACAUGCAUGACAAGAUGGAGCAGAGUGAAACUGCAGCAGGAAGAAGGGAAGACUGUGGAUCUUUGGAAGAGAGCUUCACUGGAGAAAGCAACAUGGAGCAGAGUGAAAACAAAAACCAAGAGAGGGGGAGCCAAGGAGAGGACAGUGAGAGCAAUACAGGGCAAAGAGAUUUGUGAUGACUGUGAUGGAGUAAAAUAAGUGGUAAAAAAGAUUAUUGUGGUUU